UAACCAAUCACGUCCAGGAUCAGUUUCCAUUUGAUUUAGUUACUUAGAUUGUGCACCUUGCCAUCUCUUAUUCUUUGCUUGCACAUCAAGGCAACAUGAGCACAGUUUUAUUCUUCACCUUUGUUUGUUGCAUUGGGGCACAAAACAUUGGGCAGCCAAAACGUUUGCAAACCUCUAAACUGGGUGAUGAUGUCACUAUUGAGUGCUACUUACCCAAUACAGAUUUUAACAAUAUGGUGUGGUACAAGCAGGGGAUGGGAAUGAAACUUCAAGCCAUUUCAAAAACGUACAUUUACAUGACGGAUGUUGAAUUUAUUGAUGGAAAUACUGAUGGCCGUUUUAACGUAACAAUAGAAAAAGGAAUUUAUCAUUUACAUAUUUCUUUGACUAAAAAGGAAGAUAUAGGAACAUACUUUUGUGGUGUGGUAACGUUGGGAGAACUGUAUUUUGGACCUGGAACAUUUUUGAUGCUUCAUGAAGAACACACUGCAACAAUGGUUCUUCAGGAGCCUAUUUCAGAUAAAGCUCACAUUGGAAACAACAUUACCCUGGUGUGUAGAGUCAAAAAGGUAGAUGAGAAAUGUGCAGGAGGACAUCAUGCAUACUGGUUCAAAGAGGCUGCAGAUGAAUCUCAUCCUGCCAUCAUUUACGCUGAUGAAGAUAUGAAGAAACAGCAUGAAGGGGGCUUUGAGGAUGAUUCUACUACACAGAUCUGCAUUUACACCCUCGCAAAGAGGAACCUCAGCCUUUCUGACGCUGGUACUUACUACUGUGCUGUACUCGCAUGCGGCAAGAUAGUGUUUGGAAAUGGAACUCAUCUGGAAUUCAUCCCUGACAGCGAGUCGACAGCAACUCCAUUGUUUCUUAUACUGGUCUCGUCAAACAUCAUUUCUAUGAUAAUAAUGAUCUUACUUGUGGCUGUGCGAUGUGAGGACCAAGGCAGAUCAUCAGCCUGUUUCAACAGAUCUUGUGAUCAAGAGACAUCUGAAGGUACUCAGCAGGUUGAAGAUGCAGACGCCUUGACUUACACACCUGUGAGUUUCAGCAGUAGAUCACGGCCCUCUAGAGGAGCUAAACAACACAACGUUUCCCAGCGUAAUGAUGUCUACUCAAAGAUCAGGUCCUAACAAAGGACUACUGGAAGACCUUUCCUGUUU